AUGGCUUCUCCCGCCGCCGCUGAGGAGGCUCCGGUGCGGAGCCUCUGGGAGGAAAUUUGCGCAGAAUUUGAAGCCCAACAGCCUGUUCAUCCGGAUCACUUGGAAAAGAAAGAGGUACCUCCACCUGCCUUACAGCAGGUUCCCACUGCUGCUGGGCCACUGCCAGAGCUGCCGGAGCUGAGUGGAGCUGAGAGCAAGCCUGUGAUUACGGAGGAAGCGCUGCCCCAGAAGACCCUGUCUCUUCUUUCUGCGCUGAUAGCUCCUGAACCCCCCGACUUAAAAACAUGUACGCCCAGGGAAUUCUUGGAAUGCUACAUUUUCCCAGUGCUUCUUCCCGGCAUGGUAGAACUCUUGCACGAAGCCAAGAAGCAAAGAUGUUUUGAGAGGAAACAGACACGAUUUAUCGCUCUUGAUUUCCUGACAGAGUGGCUAUACAACCACAACGCGAAGAGACGAGAUGAGCCCUUCGUGGAAUUUUUCGAGAUCCCUUUUGUGAAGGAUUGGUUAAAGGACCAUCCUAGGCCUCCCAUUCCUCUGUCUCUCCUGCUCACUGAGAAAGAUGCCAGCCACAUCAUCCAAACCUUCUGGAAAGGUUAUCGGGUCCGUUGUCAUCCUGAAGUUCAGGAAUUACGCCAGUGGCAAAAACAUUUGCGGGAGACAAAAAACAUUCACCGACGUGUCCGAGAAUUCUGGGCCCAUCAAGAAAAGAAAGUGGGAACCAAACUGGAAGACUCUGAGGAGGCCAGUCCAAAUCUCUCGAAAACUCUAAUGGUGGAUAGGUCAAAGACACCUGAGAUCAAAGCAAAGAUUAAUAAGGACCAGCUUAGCAGCUCCAAGCUUGCAGAGAAUUCAUCCCAGAACCAGCGAGCAGCUUUGCAAAUCUGAAGGAUUCGGCAAUCUUAUUUCUGCUACCACUGUCAAUCGCCCAUUUACAAAGCGAAUCGCUUUAGACUAAGUGCAAAACAAUAAAAUGAAUCCUUUGAGAUAUUUCAUACCGUCCUGCUUUUAUUAAUCGCUCCCUCUCUCUCCCUCCCUCCCUCCUUCCCCGCCUGUCUCUCACACACAUACACACAAAUGCUCACGCGCACGCACACACGCACACACCUCUCAACCAAACAAUCGGACUUGCUUUUUUUAGUCUCUAGGAAAGCAGAAAGCAGGUGCUAGCUAGCCAGCCGAAUGUAAAAAUGGCAAAUCUACAUGCUUUAAAAUGCUCACCCACGAAAGGAAUGCUUCACCAAACAUCACUGAAAUCAUAGCAAUGUGAAAAGGCAGAAAGAAUUAGGGGGUUGUGUGACAAAGGAGCGGGGGCGGGGGGGGAAGGAGAGAGGAGAGGAAGAUAUUCUCAACGUCCGUGUGAAAACGAUCGAAGGAUAAUAAUAAUAAUAAUAAUAAUAGUAGUAACAGCCAUAAUAACCCAACGUUCCAGAUACACACGAGAAAAGGCAAUCAAUGUGCAAAACAAGGUUGCAGUCCAUGAGGCUUCAGUGUUCAACUAGGAUGGGGAAUGAAGAGUGGGGGGUGGUUUAAGGUCGCCCCUGUGGAGAGGAUUUCCUGGCCUGAGAAGGACCUCAGGUUUGAAUUCGUGAUGAGGACAAUACGUUUGGUGAUCCACCAUCUUCCUUUUUUGGGGGGGAAACUCUCGGGAAGCCUGGAGGGUUCUCUUUCUCCCUUCCUGGUCUUUCUCCUGAGCUACCUGUCUGGCACCUGAAGUUUUUCCCCUUCUGGAGAUACAAUU